GAAUGAAUCAUAUUUUGUUUUUUUAAGUUAAGAAAUAAAGGUUACAAGGCGGUAAACAUUAACCCCAAAAUAGAAAUAACCCUCCGCGUAGCGCUCGUGCGCGUACUAUUUUUACUGCGUGCCGGCGGACGCGCGCCUUAUUUAAAUAACAUUCAUAUACUGUUCAGACGUGUUAUUCCUGUGGGAAAUUAUUAUAUUUUAAAGAUACAAUCAAAUAAAUUAACAUAUAAAUAUAUUUAAAAGUAAACAAUUCUUAUAUAAAGAACCCUAUAAACUUUAUCAAAUUUAUUGAAAAAAUAUGGGUUAAGGAGUAGUUCAUCGAACUGUUUAAUUGUAAACGUUCGCAAAACGUCUAAAAAUAUUGUGUGUGACUAAUGCUGAUGUGUAAAUGGUGAAAUAUUUUAACUCUCCUAAAUUUCCUGUUGGUCCAUUAGCGUGUGCUGGUUGAGGUUUGUCUGGAUACAUUCGUCGACAUUAUAAAACGAAAACAAAAGACAAAAGACAUUUUUUAAUUAUUUUUAUAAAUAUAAUGACUCGAGGUCCUACUAUCGUGCGGGUGGCUCCAAGUGGCAAUAAUAGCAGAGGUAUUAAAUGCUGUUGUUGCCGUUGCUGCGAAUGCCUCAACUUGGGAUACCUAACGUCACAGCAUGGUGCUUUAAAGCUGGCUGAAGCGAUGCUAGGAAGUUUAUGUCAAAGUCUGUUGGUGAAGUAUGGAUUAUCAGAAGCCAGUAGUAUGGGCUCGGCGUUCCAUGGCUUCCUGACGACUGCAUCGGCGUGCCUGCUGACCACUGCUCUGCUCAUCGCCUGCUACGUCCUGUCAUCUAAUUCUCAACAUUUGAUUCGACAAUCUGUUUUCGAAUUUGUAUUCAACGCUGUGGCUUGUUUUAUGUAUUUAUCGGCGUCGUCGUACAUGGGCGUGGCUGUAAAUAUAUACUUGUAUCCUCGCUACGCGCUGGUCAACAUGUAUGCAGCAUAUCCCGCAAUGACAGCAGUAUACUACAUUGGUGUCGUCGUUGGAAUACUUCAUGGAGUGGACGCUUAUAUAUCCUACAAAUAUCAUAAAGGAAUACGAUAAAUUAACGAAUAAAUUUCAAAUUUCGAAUGUACAUUUUAAGUUUCAUUCCUAUCUACAUUUUAUAUAGCAACGGUAUAAAGCGACUCAAUACAACGAACAUAAAACUUGUUAUCUACUAAUUAUUAUUCUCAGAACCAUUUACCUCGUAUAAUGAAAUUCUAUUAUUUCAUAGGUUUCCUUUGAAGGCAAGGACUCGAACAGAGUUAAUCUUUACAGCACUUUUUUUAAUUUUUUAUAUUAUACAG